AUGUCCGCUGAGAGCCCGCCGGCAUCCAUUUUGGCUAUCGGAACAGCAAAUCCUCCCAAUUGCUUUCAGCAGAGCACUUUCCCUGACUACUAUUUUCGCAUCACCAACAGCCAGCACCAGUCGGAGCUCAAGGCCAAGUUCGAACGCAUCUGUGAAAAGUCCAUGAUCAAGAAACGCUAUUUCUAUUUGACCGAAGAGCUCAUCCUAAAAUACCCACACUUGGCUUCUUGCACGGCUCCCUCACUAGACAUCCGACAAGACAUGGCCGGACGCCUCGAUCCUGUCAUCGUGGGCGCGGGCCCAAUCUAUAGCACUGUGGAGAAGCCCUUGUUUGAGCUGGUCCGAGGAGCCCAGACCACGGUGCCCGGUUCGGAGGGUGCGAUCGUAGGGCGCACCCGUGAAGCUGGCCUGAUGUAUCACUUGUCGGAGGGUCUUCCGGACCUGGUGGCGGAAAACAUCGAGGCGUGUCUGGUUGAAGCUUUCGAGUUCCUCGGCGUGUCGAGCUGGAAUUCCAUCUUUUGGGCUGUCCAUCCAGGUGGGCCUAAGAUUCUGGACAAGAUUGAGGCGAGACUGGAUCUCGGGCCUGGGAAACUAGGGGCCGCUAGGCACGUGCUGGCGGAGUAUGGGAAUAUGUGGAGUGGUAGUGUGGUGUUUGUUUUGGAUGAGAUCAGAAAGAGUUGGGCCGAACAUGCAUUGAAGACCUCGGAAGGAUGGGGUGUGCUUCUUGGGUUUGGGCCUGGGCUCACGAUCGAGACCAUGGUUCUGCGUAGCGUCAUUGCUUAA